AAAGUACCAGCAGCGCCGUGGCAAAUAAAUGGAACUUUAGAGGUUCAGUUAGUAAAGGCAGCAUUCUCAAAAGUUCUCAAAAGAGAUUUUUCAGCAAGAACGGCAAGAACGAACAGAAUUCAAUUUAGCCGUUACAGUUUUACCACAAAAGGAAUUUGAAAUUAUUCACUGCUUUUCGAUAAAAAAAUAUCGCUCACUGUCAGAGUGACAUCAUCGAAACCGAAAUUUAGAGGUUAAUUUUCAAUAAUGUCUUCAUCUCCGAAUAAAAUUGAUAAAAUUGAUUCCUCUAUUGAUGUCAAGCCGAAUAAAGAAUCAAUCAACGAAAACAGUGACGACGAUGAUUUUGUUUCUUUUUUACCAAAAAAAAAGGAAAUUAAAUCAACAAUAGAUUCAUUAAUCUCAGCAGAGAAUGAAAAUACUGACAGGAAAAAUUCUUCUACUUCUUCAGACGAUCUAAUUGAUGAUAAUGAUGAUGGCGUUGAGUCUGAUGAUUCGGAUUUCGAAAAAUUAUUAAGAAUUGCCAGCAGUUUUUGGGAUGAUAAACCUGCGGCAAUUUCGAAAUUAAAAACCGAAGUUGAAAAAGGUUUAAUUGAAAAGUGUUCCAAGAAAGCUAUUAAUAAUGACGAUGAGGAAGAAAAGAAUGAAGAAAUUUUGGAUGAAAAAUCGGAAAAUGUCAAACAGAGAGGCAGAGGAGCCAGAAAGCGUUCAAUAAAAACUGAUAAUAAUACUUCAAAAACAAAAGGUGAGCCUGCAAAAAAGAGAAAAGUGCCUGCGAAAAAAUAAGUUUCAACUUAUUUUGUUAUUUUUUUCCGUUACAAUUAUUAAUUAUAAGUAAAGUUUUAUUAUUCACUCGGUUUACGAUUUAUAUUUUACACUAUUUUACGUUUUACGAAUGACAAAAGAAGAACGAAAAACAAAAACAUUCUGCCAGUCAUCAGAACUGUCAUCAGAACAGUUUUUUGCAGUUUUUAAUCCUUUUUCUCAUCGAGUGUCGUCGAGAUUUAGUUUAAAAGAGUUUUAAAAAGUACAAAGAAGAGGCAAGAAUUAUUUAAUUAAUAAUUCUAGAAUAUGUAAUAAUAGAAUUUAUAUAAUAUAAACAUUAAAAUUCAAAAAGAAGAAAUGUCUUCGAGUUCAUUAAGUGCAAAAGUCGAUUCUGAUUCUACUGAUAUAAUUUCGAAAUCAGAUUCAAGUGAUGUAGAUGACAAUUCUCCUUCUAACGCAACUUCUUCUACUGUCAGUUUAAAUUCGUCAACUAGUGAUGAUAAUAAUUUGGAAGUAAAAAGCAGCAGUAGUUACAAUUCAGCGCAAACCAACGAUGAUACUGAUAGUGGAGAUUCUGACUUUGAGAAUCUUGUGCGAAUUGCAAAUCGAGUUUUAGAAAAUAAAUCAGUUUACGUUAGAGGUCUGUUGAAACUCAAGAGAAAACCGAAGAAUCACUCAAAUACCACAACAAAACUGUCGAAAUUGGCGAAAACAAUGAUAGUGUCGAAUAUUCUCAAUGAAAUUAAAAUGAGCGGUCAAAUUUCCGAAACACCGUUUAUAUCGAGAGGAAGACAAGCCAGAAGACUUCAAUUGUCCGAAUCGCAAUCAAUGGAAUUGGAAGAAAAUUGCAAAACAUGUGGCAAAUCACUUCAGGUUAAUGUCGAUUCGGAAAAAGUACCUUUAAAAUCUUCGAAAGCUUCUAAUGAUGAACCGCCAGAAACUAUUAGAGAACAAACAAAUAAUCAAGCCAAAAGUUCAAAAAAACAGGAGGAAAUUGAUCAAGAACCAGUGAAAAAUGAACCACCUCGAACAAGAUCAAUUCUCAAGAAACGUACAAUUGAAAUUUCCAAUUCAUCAUCAGUUUCUUCAAAUUUGUUGGUAGAUGAUUCGAAAAGUUCUCUCAAUUCUGAUCAGAGGAAGAAAUUUAAAACUCCUUUACAAUUAGCAGCGAAUGAGUCAUCAAAGACGUUAAAGUCUGAGAAAAUAGGAAAACAGAAACCAAAGGAAAUUCGCACUUCAAAAAGAAAUGCAAUGGAAAUUAAAAAUUCCAGAAAAGAAGAAGAAGGAAGUUCAGUAUUAUCUAAAAGUGAUUUACAAUCGAAAUUAACAGGAGGGGAACAAUUCAAUAAUGAAACGAUUACGACUGGUUUGAAAUUAGUUGAAAAUCGGGAAGAAAAAAUAUUUCAUCCCCGAAGAUCAUUGCGACUUAAAAAUGUUUCUCAAGUUUUAGAAUCAAGAAAAAGCUUAAAAGCAGAAAAUUAAAAAUGUGCUUUUAAAGCAUUUCUUUCGUUUUUGUUUCGAUAAUUUUAUUUUCUUGUUUCACUAAGUAAUUAUAAUUACUACAAUUUAAUUUUUUAAUUAUAAAAUUUAAGAAAU